GUGCAGGUUGUAAAUCUCGUGACGUAAUAACACGAUCAUAUGAUAUAUAUUUAUUUUUAAAGUCCACGGACAAAGUCCAAACCUGUAUGUGGAGCCAACAUUCAAAAAAAAAGCUUUCAAAUCUUUGCUGCUCGGUGUGAUUUCUUUCUUUUAAAACGCACGUUUCUUUCUCGCAAAACAAAAGCUAACAAUGCAGAAAAAAACAACGGAACGUAGAUAUGUUUUUUGGUUUUUUUUUGUUUGGAUUAUUAUCUAAUCUCUUUGACGAUUUUUGCGAUCAAAGAAGUCUCGAAGUCUCUCCGCUCCUGCGAGAGAAAUGGAGAGCGACAACUUGUGCAAUUACAAACGGAAAAUUGUGUCUUUCAAGGAUUUUGGCAGAUUCAAAUUGUCCGAUAGAAAGUAUGACAACAAUGAUCUCAACGUGUACACAGCAAGACUGAACGAUUUGCGAGAGGAUACGUUGCGCAAAGCAAAAUUAAAAUGGAACAACUGUACGUACGUUGAGGUUUCGCGUUUGGAUCUGGAGAGACCGGGACGAUCUUACAUCUUAAUAGGAAUAAUCUACAAAGAUCAAAAACUCAAACCUUCCAUUCUGAAAGAUCUCAGCAAAGAGCUGCAGAUAGAAGUGCAGCCGAGCAACAAUUACGCGUCCAAUGACGACAAAUUAUUUCUUGAAGACGAGACAUUGCGUGUAAGAUUGGUGGGAAAUCACAUGAGUAGCCAACAAGUGGUAACGGGUCUUGUUUGCGCGGUACUCGGCCAAGAAUUGGAAAACGGAACGUUCCAAGUGGACGAUUGGUGUUUUCCAGGAUAUUGUCCGAAACCUAGCAUGUCGAUAGGUCCGAUGAUCGAUGACGGGAAGAUUCUGCUGAUAUCUGGAUUGGAUUUGGUUAAUAACACAGACGAGCUAAGUUUGGAUUUGCUUCUGGAAUGGAUAACCGGCAUGAUAGGAAAUAGCGACGCCCAAGCGGAAGAAGCAGUGGUCGCCAGAGUUAUUAUUGCCGGAAAUUCCAUUCGUUCCUCUACGAAGAUUUACAGUCACAAAGGUUAUCACGAGAUAAAAUCGCACGACGAGCUUAAGAUCAAAGAGGAUGUAAUAGCGAUGUACAAGCUGGAUCUUUUUCUCAGCAGUAUUCUUCGAUGCUGUUGCGUCGUGAUUAUGCCGGGGGAAUUCGAUCCCGCUUGCAACCACAGCAUGCCUCAGCAACCUUUUCAUCCGUGCACUCUGCAAAAGUCGGCCAGGUUCAAGAGCAUGCACGGUGCGACCAAUCCUUGGAUCGGAGAUAUCGGAGGCCGCGUCGUGGCUGGUUCAUGCGGCAGGCCGAUCGCAGACAUAAUGAAGGUCGCUGGGUUGUCCGAGAUGUUGUCUCCGUUGGAGUGGCUGGAGCGUACUCUGACCUGGAGACAUUACGCUCCAACCGGACCGGACACGCUAUCGAUUUAUCCGUUCUUUGAAAACGAUCCGUUUGUCAUGAGAGAAUGCCCGGACAUAUAUUUUGCGGGAAACAUGAACGAAUACGAUACGAAACUGGUUACAGAUGAGGGACAAACGGUCAGAUUGAUAUGCAUUCCGAAGUUCUCGGAAACGAAAACGGCGGUACUGGUCAAUUUGCAAGACCUGACGACGCAACCUAUUUCGUUCGGUAGUGGCUGAUUGUAAAUUCGUAUUGUACAAAUGAUAUAAUUGUUUUUUUUUUUUUAUCAUGAAGCGAAGUAUUUAUCGUGAAGAAAGUACCAAAGAGAAAAAAUCGCGUGCACAAUUUGUACAAAAAUUAAAAAAGAAAUCGUUAAAAUUUCCGCUCGAGAGUUUUCAACUCUAAUAUAAUAAUUUAUAUUCUAAUGUAAAUAAUUUCACAAAUAUAACAAUUUG